UUAAAGAUUUUCAUUUUGUUUAAAUAUUUUUAAAUCCCUAAAUUGCCCUCCAAUAAAUAGCUUUUUAACAUUUUUUUCUCCUCCACUUGAGUAAAUUUCCAUUUCAAGGCCCAAGAAAAAAAAAUAAAAAUCCCAAAACUAAGAAAAAAUAAAGCCUGGGAAAACAUUCUAUUGUCAACCCUUUUCCAAUAAAGGCAAAAUUUUUGCCUGGUUAAAAUUUUUACGUUCAUUACAACAGCUGUUUUUUUCAAUGAGUUGCUAUUGAUUGGAUCUGAUCAUAAUAAAAGGACCCAUCUUUGUCCUUUUUAUGUUUUCAAAUUUAGGAUCUUUCAAUUACUAAUAAAAAAGUUGGCAAAAUUAAAAAGAAAAGAUUUGAAAUUUGUUGGUUUUUCUCUAUUCAUCAUAACCUUUUUAUGGCUUUCUGGGUUUUUGUUUCAAAAUAUGAUUUUGAUCCCAAUUUUUUGGCUUUCCAAGGAAAGGUAAGUUCUGGGUUUUUUUUUCUUUUUUUUUAAUUUUGAUUCCGAGAUUCAUUUUUUCAUUAAGCUUUUGAGGAUUUUCUACCUGAUUUUAAGGGUUUCUUUUGAGAGAAAAUUGAAUUGAGUUGGUGCCGAAUGGUAUAAGUUUUAAACGUUUGAUGAUAGAAUUUGGUAAGGUUUUGGUUAUUGAUGAAAUGAAAAGGAAUCCGUUUUGUGCUUGUGAUGAUGCUGAUGAUACAAGGACAAAUGGGUGUCAUAAGAGCAAAUUGUUUGGGGUUUUUGGCAAUUCUACUUUGUGUAUCAUUGGCUGUCAACUUGGAUUACACGAAGGUUGGAGAAGAAGCAUUUCUUAACCAAUUACUAGAUCCAGCAACUGGGGAGAUUGAUGAGAAUCUGGCGGAGUCAUUAUGGAUAAGUUGCAGAAAAUAUUUGAAUGAUUUAAAGGAAGCUUUUGAAGAUCCCAAGUUACAACUUCUGGAGGAAACACCCAGUACAACCGAUGAUAUCGAUAGAAAAGGUCACUCAUUAGCAAAAGAAUAUAUUCAGAAAUCGAUUAAUGUUGUCCACCCUCAGUUAAAGCAAGCUCUUUCUGACUGCAUAAGAAAGAAUAAUCUUCUAUUCCAAGUAUCUGGAGAAGAUAAUGGCUUUAAGACUUGGUACACUGGAUAUUUUGAGUCAUUGUUUCGCUGGCGUGAUGUUCCUAGAAGGACUUUAGCUACUCAGAGCACUGCAGUAGCCCCUACCUUGAACUUAGGCCCAUCCUCAUCUCCAUCCCCAGCUCCAGCCCCUUCUCCUGCUUCUGAAUCCCCUGCUUUCAGUCCAGAUCCAUUGCAAAGUCUUGCAUUUCCACCUUCUCCACUUCCUAUACCUUCUCACCAAGAUGCACCUCCAAUAAAUGAUCAUUUGGACAAUUUAAGUCCAGCCAACAGCGAUUCAGAAGACACAGGGACUGAUAACAGUUAUACAAUUAUUGUUGCUUGUGUUGUGACUUCGGUAGUAACAUCUGUUGUUGCGGCAUUAUUCUUCUUUUUAUGCUGGAGUAGAGAUUCUGGGGCUAAGAAAAAUGAUGAGAGGCCCCUUCUCAGUUUAGGCUUUAGUGAUUUCUCCGGUGGUUCUUCUCAUGCAUAUGCUUUUGGAUCUAAUAAAGAAGAGAAGCUUGGUCACCAAUCAUUUGGUAAUGAAUCAAGUCUACACAAAAACGAUUCAACCGACGGCAAUGUUUACAUUGAAUCUAAUGCUCUACAAAUCUCCUUGGAUGGAAAGUCAUCAUUUGGAGCUGUUGCUGAAGCCACCAAAGCCUCAGCUGAAUCUUCGGACAAAUCAGGCAAUACUAAUUUGCAGCUACCACUGCCUCCAGGAAGGGUGGGUCCUUUGAAGUCUCCUCCUGGCAGAGCAUAUCCUCUCCCUCCUGAACCUCCUGCCCCAAUUAGGGCCAGUCCUCCUCCACCUCCUGCACCACCUCCCUCUAUGAAACCUGCUUCUGCCAAUGUAGGCCCUCGACCUCCUCCACCACCUCUACCCCCAGCUGGUGCCAAAUCUGGUCCUCGCCCACCACCUCCCCCAAGUACUGGUCUCGGUCCUCCUAGGCCACCUCCAUCAAUGCCCUUAGGUUCAAAGAUGCCUCGAGCACCGAUUGGACCACAACGGACACCAAAUGCCAUCUCUGGCGAGGGAUUUGGUUUAGGGGAUCAUGCCCAUGCUCCUAAAGCCAAAUUGAAACCAUUUUUCUGGGAUAAAGUUGCAGCCAACCCUGAUCAUUCAAUGGUCUGGAACCAGAUUAAAUCUGGAUCGUUCCAGUUCAAUGAGGAGAUGAUAGAAACUCUGUUUGGGUAUGCAUCUGUUGACAAGAAAAAAAUUGAUGGAAAGAAAGAGCCCUCUGCUCAGGAUGUGCCUCAGUAUAUCCAAAUUCUUGAUUUCAAGAAAGCACAAAAUUUAGCAAUCCUUUUGCGGGCAUUGAAUGUGACCACUGAAGAAGUUUGUGAUGCACUUCGUGAAGGAAAUGAGCUCCCUGUUGAGCUUCUUCAAACUUUAUUGAAGAUGGCACCAACAGCAGAUGAAGAACUCAAACUUAGACUGUUCACUGGUGACAUUUCUCAACUCGGUGCUGCUGAGCGGUUCCUAAAAGUCUUGGUUGACAUCCCUUUCGCUUUUAAACGAAUGGAAGCACUGUUUUUUAUGUGCUCUCUUUAUGACGAGGUUACUGUCACUAGAGAGUCAUUUGAAACAUUAGAGGUUGCUUGCAAGGAACUCAGAAGUAGCCGCUUAUUCCUCAAGCUCUUAGAAGCUGUUCUUAAAACUGGAAAUCGCAUGAAUGAUGGGACAUUCCGUGGUGGUGCAAAAGCUUUCAAACUUGACACGCUUUUGAAGUUAUCAGAUGUUAAAGGGGUAGAUGGCAAGACCACACUAUUGCACUUUGUUGUCCAAGAGAUAAUACGCACUGAAGGUUUGAGAGCUGUCCGUGUUGCAAGAGAAAGCAAAAGUUUUAGCAGCAUAAAAUCUGAUGAUCUUCUUGAGGAUGUUUCCCCUGAUAUGGAAGAGCACUACCGUAGCCUUGGUCUUCAGGUGGUUUCACAUCUAAGUAGUGAUCUUGAAAAUGUCAAGAAAGCUGCAGCUCUCGAUGCUGAAAACUUAACAGGAACUGUUGCCAAACUUGGCCAUGUGUUCCUAAAAGUACGUGAUUUCUUGAACUCGGAGAUGAAAAGUACAGAGGAAGAAAGUGGUUUUCACGAAACAUUAAAGAGUUUUGUGCAGAGUGCUGAGGCUGAUGUCAUGUCAUUGCUCGAGGAAGAGAAGAGAAUAAUGGCUUUGGUGAAGAGCACUGGUGAUUAUUUUCAUGGCAAUGCACAGAAGGAUGAGGGCCUUCGCUUGUUUGUCAUUGUACGAGAUUUUUUGAUAAUUUUGGAUAAGGUGUGCAAAGAGGUUAGAGAUAACCCAAGGAAGCCAGUAAAAAGCACAUAAAAAACAAGUGUCUAAUGCAUCAUCUUCCUCUUAGUCUCACUUUGAACCACCUUCUCCUGAUCCUCAUCAGAAGCUUUUCCCUGCAAUAGUGGAGUGAAGGAUGAAUGAUUCUAGUUCUAGUUCAGAUGACAAGAGUUAAUAGUGUUCAUUUGAAAAAGGUAUGCUGUUCUUAUCUUUGUCAAGCAAAUCUUUUAUGUUGCCACAUUUUAUGCUGAAAUUUAAUAGAUUGUGUUGCUGGUGAGAUAAAUUCAGUUUUUCAUCAGAUGGAUGCUAAUCGUGCAGAGAAGAUAGGAAUCCACUGAAGCAUCAUUGCCGCAAUAUUUUGAUUAAAGGAAUACAUCUGAAGUACCAGCAGAAUGGGAUAAGGAAAAAUGCUAGAUUUCAAUGAAGCCCACAUUGCAAAAAGUUCAGUUGACCUUCCUUUGGUAUUGGAUUCAUGGUUCUUGUUGAUUUCCCCUCAUCUGCCCAACUUGUGCAUUAAUAGUUAGAUAUAAAGAUACCUUCAUAUAUUUUUAAUUUAUAAUUCUUUGUUAAUAGAAGUUUCUGUUGAUAAUUUUUCUUUGAAAGAAUAUUUAUCAGGGUAGUGUUGAAAUUGGAAAUUGCUUCACUGGCUACAAAUUUUAGAGGGAAGAAAUUUUGAUAUCUGUGAUUCUUGAUCUAGUUUGGUGAAUGCCACCAUGUUCUUGCCUUCCUGAAAUGAUAUUAACUGCCUUACCUACUUCUGAUUGCUUUGAGGCUGUUUGAUAGGAAGGAUGGAAGUAGAAAUUGAAUUAGCAGCAUUUUGCUUUGGCUGCUGGUUAGGCAGAUAUGGUAAUUUUGAAAUAUGAUAUAGUGGCAAGACAUAAAAAUGAUGCG